CAUCCGGUUAUAUAUCUGUCUCGUUGUUCUGACUGUCUGUACUCAGCAGCUGGUGAAGUUAAGUGAAAGCUAAAAUAUGGAGGACAACAUAGACGUGGAAGCUGGAGAAAAUCCAUUUCAACCUUAUUUAGACGCUCUACGGAAGGAGUUAGAACACCAAGACCCCAUAUUUAUUAUCGGAAUUAUAAUUUCUUUGGCUGUUGUUGUCAUCAGUUUUGUGUUGUUGAAGUACUUCCUGGGCAGCAAAACUGUCCAAAGUGCUGUGCUGCUGGUUGGUCUCUGCGAUUCUGGAAAGACCCUCCUCUUUAGUCGAUUGUUGUCAGGAAAGUUCAAGAAGACCCAGACCUCCAUCACAGACAGCAGUGCCCCCUACAAAGCCAAGAACGAGAAGGGCAGCAGCUGGACCCUGAUGGACCUCCCUGGACAUGACAGUCUUCGUCCGCAGUAUGUGGAGAAGUUCAAGUCAGCAGCCAGGGCCAUAGUCUUUGUGGUGGACAGUGCCAUCUUCCAGAAGGAAGUGAGAGACGUGGCUGAGUUCCUGUACUUCCUGUUGACUGACAGUGCAGUGUCCAGGAAUGCCCCCUCUCUGAUAGUGGCCUGCAACAAGCAAGAUAUCACCAUGGCAAAAUCUGCUAAGCUGAUUCAGCAGCAGCUGGAGAAAGAGAUGAACACAUUGAGAGUGACACGGUCUGCGGCUCUGGGCACCCAGGACGGGUCAACGGGGUCCAGCGUGCACCUGGGGAAGAAGGGCAAGGACUUCGAGUUCAGCCAGCUGCCCAUGAAGGUGGAGUUCCUGGAGUGCAGUGCCCGCGGCAGCAAAGGGGAGAAUGGGCAGGCAGACAUCGGCAGCCUCGAGAAGAGCCUGGCCAACCUGUGAGAUGGCUGAGUCUUGUUAUUGACCAUCUGGUUCCCAUAUAGGUCACUACUUUGGCUAAGAGCCCUUUUGCUCUUAGGUGCGUUAUUGUGAACGGGCUUUCUUAGGAUAUUUUCCUGAGGACUCUCAGCAUAUCAGGUGUGUCGCAACAGUCUCUCAAGACUCCAGACUCAAAUCACUAUACUAUGAUGAAGUGAAUAACUUCUUGUGCUGACAUCACAAGGUCAUGUGAUGUAGUGAAUGCCAAUUUGCAAAAAAAAAUGUCUGAUAAUGAAAACAAAGUGUUUGCUUUUCUCCAGCAGGUUUUGUUGCUAUACGUUUCAGUGUUUCCACUAUAUUCCCCUACAUUUAAUCCCCCCCCCCCC